GGCGCCUAGCAGCCGGCUUAGAACUGGUGCGGACCAGGGGAAUCCGACUGUUUAAUUAAAACAAAGCAUCGCGAAGGCCCGCGGCGGGUGUUGACGCGAUGUGAUUUCUGCCCAGUGCUCUGAAUGUCAAAGUGAAGAAAUUCAAUGAAGCGCGGGUAAACGGCGGGAGUAACUAUGACUCUCUUAAGACGGGACAAUAGUUACUACCUGGGCUCAGCUGCAGAGGUCACACCUCCUCGUGGUCCCGCUGGAUGCCUGUAAAGGUAACCAAGUUGGCCUCUGCCCCAGGGAAAAGUUUUGGAGUUAAAGGUUGCUCCGCCCUAUCGAGUAAACUCACCACUUACUCGGUAGUAGUUACAAGAGGUGAAACAAAAAUAUUUGUGGCUUGAAUUCGUUUAAGCUAUAUCCCUUGCCCACGGGAAGACAUAGUUGGGCGGGCAGCUGACCACCGAGAGGGGGUGGUUACGUUGAAAGUCAUCCCUCAAAAUGAUAUGGACAAUGGGUCGUCAGACUCGAAUGCACUUUAUGUCUGUGGCUACUCAAACAUACUAUGGCGAUUGGCGUAAGGUUAAGGUGAAUGUUAUCGAAAGCGAUCAUAAUCCGCCAAUAGAUGUUGAAUGGGAAAUAAGUGGAUUGGAGUUUGUAAACUCUGGGUUGAAAGAGGAAGGUUACCAACCAUUUAUUGGUGUGAGCGAUCUUGCCGCCUUUCCCGAUGUGUAUGAGGCCCUCAAGACUCCCGACCUCGUGGGCAACGUCAACAGCCCUGUUUUGACGGUAGUAGAGGAAAGAGAAGAGGAGAGGGAAGAUGAGAGGCAGUCAUCACACGGAGAAGUGGCUGAACUUAAUCCGGCGCCGAGUACAUCUAUGUCGGGCUCGUGCACAGAACUUUCCGCUGAUGGUAUUCCAGUGGUGAAAGUCCCUGACAAACAGCCAACUUGUCCGAGUUGCGGAGCCUUGUUUGUAAAAGUGUCGGGACUCAUUGAACAUCUAAAGAGAGCGCAUGGGAAAGAUAAGAUCUGGUUCGAGUGUGUUAAGUGCGGUAGACAGAAUGUUAAAUAUCACAGCAUUGUCUGCCAUUACCCCAAAUGCCCAGGGCGAAUUGAAGUGGUCGAAUCCGAUGAUUUCGUAUGUGGGGAAUGUAAGAGAAGUUUCAGUUCCAAGAUCGGGCUGAGUCAACACAAGCGGUUGGCCCAUCCAGCACUAAGGAAUGAAGAGCGGAUCGAAAAUUCUCUCCCUAAAGAGAGUACCCGGAGGGGGGUACACCGCUCAUGCUGGACCGAUGAGGAGGUUGAACUGUUGUUGAAGUGGGAAAGACAGUUUGAGGGCGAAAAGAACAUCAAUAAAUUAAUCGCGGAGAAAAUUCCAUCUAAAUCCGCCAAACAGAUAAGUGAUAAGAGACGGUGCCUGAGUAAACAGAAAGAAAAAUUAAAGGGAAAAGAUCUGGAGGAAGUGAGUCACGAUAUAGAAGGUGAACAUCCCGCCAAGAGUGAAGGUGGUUUAAAUCUGGGAUUGAGAGAUAUUUAUAAGCGAAUUCUUACUGAAUGGGUGUCAGCUGGGAAAAUUACCACCUUUAAUCAGACAUAUAGUGACUUACUCGAAGGGAGAGAACAUCAUAUGUCAUCAAUUACCGAGGCAACAAUGACCUACCUGGCAAGCCUUGGAAAAGUGUCCGGGGAGUUAGAAGCCUCUAUGAGAGAGGGAACUCGAAAGGCCACCAAGCAGCUGUCUUCUCGGAAGCAUUCGAAGGGAUGGAUGAAGAGAAGAGCUGCGAAAAAGGGGAAAUUCUACCGUUUCCAGAGGUUGUUCUAUCGUGACAGAGUGAAGCUGGCGGAGAUCAUCCUGGACGGGAGAGAAUCCCUGAAGUGUGAGAUCCCACUUGACGAAGUACACGAUGUGUUCAAGUCCAGAUGGGAGUCUCAGGGAACACACCGUGGCCUGGGGGUUUUCAAAUCUCAGGGAAUGGCGGAUAACUCCGUAUUCUUAACCAUGAUUACGGAGAGGGAAAUCUCGAAAAACAUCAAAGAGAUGAAAAAGAAUGCGGCACCGGGUCCUGAUGGGCUGAGGAGGAGGGAUAUUGAGAGUUGUGAUCCUCAGUUCAAGGAUUUGAUGGAAAUUUACAACCUAUGGCUGGUGUCGGGGAAAGUUCCGGACGUGGUUAAGGAGUGCCGGACGAUAUUAAUACCUAAAUCUACUAAUGCCGAACGCCUUAAUGAUAUUAACAACUGGAGACCGAUUACUAUCGGAUCUACCAUCUUAAGGCUCUUUACUAAAAUCUUAACGGCCAGAUUGACCAAGGCUUGUCCCCUGAACCCGAGGCAAAGAGGUUUUAUUAGAUCUGCCGGGUGCGCUGAAAAUUUGAAAUUGUUACAACUGAUUAUUAAGAACGCAAAAAGGGAACAUCACGCGCUGGGGGUGGUGUUCAUUGACCUUGAAAAAGCCUUCGACUCAGUGAGCCAUGAACAUCUGAUCGAGGCUCUUGAAAAUAGGGGUGUGGAAGAGCAUAUUAUCACCCUAAUUAAAGAUCUAUAUCGUAAUGUAACCACUAGUGUCGAGAUUAAAAGUGGGAAAUCCGAAAGUAUAAAGAUUAAUAUUGGCGUAAAACAAGGUGAUCCGAUGUCACCUCUCUUAUUUAACUUGUCCAUUGACCCUCUUCUGUGUAGACUGGAAGAGAAAGGGCAUGGGUUCAAGCAUGGCUCCAGAUGUAUAACAUCAUUAGCCUUUGCCGAUGACCUGGUCUUGCUCAGUGAAUCCUGGGAGGGUAUGGUUGAAAACAUCAAAAUUCUGGAAGCCUUCUGUUCCUUAACAGGCCUUAAGACUCAGGGAAUAAAGUGCCAGGGCUUUUACAUCAGCCCCACGAAGGACUCAUAUACCAUCAAUAAUUGUCCUGUUUGGGAAAUUAAUGGCACGCCCCUGAGGAUGAUCGAUCCUGAAAAAUCUGGGAAAUAUCUGGGCCUGGAGAUAAAUCCUUGGGUCGGAAUAUCUAAGCCCGAAUUAGAGAAGGAUUUAUCCGAAUGGUUAGACCGGAUCGGGAAGGCUUCCCUUAAACCGCUGCAGAAGGUUGAUAUCUUGAAGGGUUAUGCGAUUCCCAGAAUGAUUUACAAAGCAGACCAGGCGGAGGUGAAGGCUUCCUGUCUGGAGGCCCUUGACUUAAUGAUAAGAUCCAAUGUCAAGGAGUGGUUGCAUCUUCCUCCGUGUACCUGUGACGCCAUCCUUUAUUCGAGAUCUAGGGAUGGUGGUCUGGGCAUUAACAGAUUGUCGGCUAUUAUUCCCAGUAUUCAAGCACGAAGAUUGCACCGUCUCGCGCAAUCUUCGGAUGAGGCAAUAAGAGAGUUUGUAAAGAAGUGCUCGGGGAAGAUUGAGUCGGUCGAAAUGGACAACUUUGUAUGUGAGGAAUGCAAGCGAGGAGUCGGAUCCAAAAUUGGACUAAGUCAACAUAAACGUCUGGCCCAUCCAGCUAUAAGGAAUGAGGAGCGGAUUAAAGAAUCUCUCCCGAAAGAAAGUACACCGAAAGGGUAACAUCAACAGUGCUGGACCAGUGAGGAAGUCGAAUUGUUACUGAAGUUGGAAAGCCAGUAUGCGGGAAAAAGGAACAUCAAUAAGCUAAUAGCAGAGAAAAUUCUAACAAAAACUGCAAAACAGAUAAGUGAUAAGAGAAGGAAUUUAAUUAAACAAAGAGAAAAACAG